AUAAGGGUAUUUCCCAAAGUAUUUUAGAGCUUCUCGCAGCAGGUGUGUUCAGUUUCUAAUAAUUUGAGUCACAGUACCGUGUGAUCAAAUGACUUAGCAGAAUGUAAUUUGCAUGAGCCGAACUUUUCCCUAUUCAGGGGGUGCUAAACAACUGCUUGUAAUUCUGCGCUCAUUAAAACUGUCAUAAUGUGUCUGGACUGAUAGAGAACACAGAGAUGCUGCUAUGCCAGGCCUGAAGGUCCUGCUGCUGAAAGGAUGAAGUAUAAUCGCACUCUGUCUGGCUGCUGUGAGUAGCCGAGUUCCAUCAUAGGCUGUCAAGAUGUCGUUAGGCAGACUACCCACAUUUCACACUCACUUAGGCUUCAACAAGCAACCCACCCCAUCCCCGUCAUUGGUAGGCAAACAGUGGAGCGUUUAGCACUGCAUCCCAGGUUUUGCAAUUACCCCGCACGCCCUGUUUGACACCCCUGUCCAUCUGAGACACACACCUCGGGAAUUAGGUGGAGGAUUGAGUCUGCAUGUUGCUUUGACUACCAAAGAGUGUUUGUCAAAUGUCAAGCUUGCUGCAGAUUGAGCCGGAUUCAAUAAAAAUACUGUUAUCUGCUGUUUUUAGAAAGAGCAAUUUCUCUUUCAUUGAUCUGGAAAGGAGAAAAAUAGAAGGGCCGAGUGUAAUUAUUUUUCCUUUCAGAUGGACUUCGUGCUGUGCUGGGCAGGAUGGGAUUUGGAGAGAAUUGAAUUUCUAUGUUUUAUGGUACCCUCUGUGGCACUGAAACACCCCUUGAAAUGCUCUGGAUAUUACAUAUUAAUUUGUAAACUCUUUCAGGGACAAGUUGGCCUCUACUUAAACCUAACUCGCACUAAAUGAAUGGUAGCACUUAAAGGGUUUAGCCAAUUUGGAACUAAGGCACCAGCACUUACAAAGGUUUGGCCUAUUUGGAAGUGCCCCUGUUGUUUCUUGUUGUUCUGAGUUUGUAUCUUUAUGGUUUAUUUCACUUAUUUUAAGUCACUUUGGAUAAAGAUAUCAGCUUAAUGAAAUGUAAUGUAAUACCUAUAGGGGCAAUCAUUGACUAAAGCAUUCAUACAAAAAGUGGCAUUUACAUUUACACUUAUUUAAUAAGCACCACUUGUGUUUACCAGAACUGUGCUAAUAAGUUUCUUUGAAAGAAGUCAUUCAGAGUGAGAAAACCCUUGAAAAAAAUAAUAUAACGAACAACAACUCUUUUUGACUAAGACCAAAACGACUGAAUAGUUGACUGAGAUAUUGACAUUUAUUACUUGGUUUCGACCUGACUCGGUUGGUCCUAACUUUUGCAGGGUGUGGGUUAUCACCUUGCCUGGUUUGGCUAAAAAACAGGAAGUGUUUAAUGUGGACAGACCAUUUAGUAGCCAGCAAGCUGCGGUUGGGGGGAGGCCUCUUGAGGGCUGAUACGUGUUACCAAUGUUGCAAACAUUAGACAUGUGCAGCGUCAUGGGCUGAACUGACACAUUUAAAGUCUCCAUUCCCAGCCCUGUGCAUUCACACCUAUAAUGUAUAUUCAAAGUGGUUUAAAUGUAAUCCUCACAAGUACAUUUCAAUCUUUUCGAAACAGUGCUGACAUGCAAUGUUGCUUGUUUAGCCACUAUCAUUCAUCUGCAGUUUUUCUAUGAGGUCUUUCAUUUUGUAAAGCAAGAUAACUAACUGCUGGUUUGAGACAUGGCCAUUAACUCUGAGCUUAUUCUCUCCAGCCAAAUUAAGAGCGGUUGCGGAGAUUGUCUUGUGUCAUCUGCUUGUAAAGAUUAGAGGGCUCAGUCAGUCUGUGAAGUAUGGAGAAAAGCUAUUAGCUGAAAUUUUGACAGAUGAAAAGAAUAAAACAUGAGACGGCAAUUCUAAUAUCAAAAAGGGGGCUAUUGAUCUCCAGUGCAUGAGACGGGUUAUCACUGGUGCUCCUCUCGGCUUCCUCGAACCUCGGAGAAUUGAUUUUUUAUUUGUUCUGUACAGCGUAAAGGGCACUUGUUACGCGUUUUGAAAUCCCAUUUGUAGUAUUAAAGCACCGGAGUGUCUCUUCGUCUGGAAGGACACACUAUCUUCAUAGGGUGCACUUGACAGCAUUUAUGGAUCUUCAACAUGUUUAGAGCUGCAUUUGGCUCUGAAAUACAAAUUCCCACAGUAGAACCAUUACAGGCUGAGAAAGAGUGAUGAUAUGAUACAAAUAAUAUUUGUUAUCACACCUCACUAUCAGGAGAUGCUAAUUUGAAGAAGGGGAGCUGCCUAAUGUUCUGAUGAGCUCGACUGUUAAAAAUUACACUGGGUAAUAAAUGAUAGAUAAAAUAAUCUUUAAACCAUGAUGGAUCUCUUCUUUAGAGAACGAAAGAAAGUUUUAUGGACUGCAAAUGUUUUUUUUAACCUUGUAUGUGUGUGUUUAUACAUGUCUCACUCUGAGAGGCAACACCUUUGAGACGAGAAACAGCUGACUCCAUUAGGCGAGGCCGACCUGACUAAUCAUCCCAGGUGUCAAGCCGGUACCUGUCCGAUGUCCUCUCCCCCCACAGUGUGAUGCGUCAUGGCUCCGGUGCUGAGUGGAGUGUGGUGGGGGCCGGAGGCGGGGGUCGUUGGGUCGGGGGCCGCAGCUGCUACUGGGGUGGCGUCGUGGCUGGGCAGCGGGCAGCUGGUCCUGGUCGUCACCCUCAGCACCCUCGCCACCCUGCUGCUGGUCUCUGUGAUGCUGCUGCUGUGUGCUAGCUGCCAGGGGCAGAAGAAGGCGGUCAACGGACAUUCAGCAGGAGACCACGAGAACCUCAUGAAUGGAGUGUCAGAGAAAGACACGAUCAGCCAAUCAGCAGACAGUCCUGCAAUGGACUUGGCUAUCAGCAGCUCUCACAAUGGUCCUUUAACCAGCGGUACGAUCCUAACAGACACACAGGACACCAGUCCCCAGCCGUCAGAAGAGAUGCUCUCCAGCCAAUCAGAGCUCAGGUCCUCUAAGUGUCCUCAGGACCGUGAGCUUCCCAGCAUUCCUCCCAAUAACGGCCUUAUUGGGGAGGGACCCCCAGCCUCAGGAGACAGCACCUAUGAGGUGGUGAAGGAGAUGGCGGUGUCGUCACGUGACGUCAGCGUCGAAGACUCCCUGUACGAGACGGUGAAAGAACUCAAAGAGCCCCCCCCACAGCUGGGCCUCCCCAAUGGUACCAUCCAGCUGAGCUCAGACGAACCUCCCAAUCACCCCCCCGCAAUUCUCAACGGUCACCUCAGCCCCUGCACACCUGAGCGGGGACCCCUGUGCGCUGGGGUGGAGUACGCCUCGGUGGACCUGAAUAAGAAGAGCCGUCACAGCGCAGACAUGGAGGCCAAACGGCGCUCUGAUAACGCCAGCCUUCCCCCCCGCAAGACUGUAGAGGAACCAGAGGAGGACUUACCCCCGCCGGUACCAGCGAAGGUUCUGGAUGAAAAUGACAACCAGCCGGUGGUGAUGAAUGGGCUGACCGACUCUGGGCUGCACAAUGGAGAGUUACACUCCCCUCCAUCUCCUACGCCGGGGUUCAGCAACCACAACCUGUCAGACAAUGAGGCAGCAGUGUACUCCACAGUCGACAAACCAAACCAUCACGAAGCUGUGAGCGAGGAAGACAAGGAGCACGACUACAGCAGCAUCGCAGAACUCAAAGGCCUCGUCCCCUCCUCUUCCUCCAGUGACCUCUAUGCCACGGUCCGAGAUAUCUACGCCCAGCCCGAUGAGCCCGAGCAGGAUGAAGACCCCGGCAUGGACAGAACAGAUCCUGGCUACGAAACCAUCCGCAUCCCAAAGAAUAGUAGCUUGGAUGAUGACUACAGGGCGGAGGGUUCAGACGCUGCCAAGCCAGAGCCUGACUACGAGAGUGUCGGAGAGCUGGGGCUAAGCCGGGAAACGUCCCGCCUCUGAGUUUUCCCCCUCAUCAUCUGUGACGGUCUGGGAGAAACUUCCUCGCUCUCACAGACGUCACUGCAGUGCUUUGAACCCUGCUACGAAGCAUGCUCCUGGUGCAUGCCCUGGGGGAAAUGGCGCACCACAGCAUCCAUCAACAAUACAUCAGCGUCCUCUUUACAGCUCGGGUACGGACUAUCGCAACUGAACUUUUAAUUUAUCAACCAGGGUGAUGGUCAUUGGUACUGGUAGGCCUCCUAGGAAGUUAACUGUAGUGCCUCAGUCAUUGGUUGUUUAAUCAUGUGAAUGAGUGCACUUUGGAUCAUUUAAUUCAUCUUUUGUCUUUGUGACAUAUCAUGGGCACAUUUAAGCACAUUUGAUUGUGGAGAAACAUCAAAUAAAUAUCAAAUCACAUCACACAUGCAGUUAAUUCAAGGCAGAGGACACUAUCAGUGCCUGUGAUAUAACAAAAGAAAUCCAAUAAUUCAGUGCCAUAUAAUCAUGAAAAGUCAUGCACUUACUGUACAUAUGAAGGCUACAUGGUUUCUCCUCUAUAGCUGCUAGCAGCUUUCUUCUAGGUGAUUCAGUGUCAUGUUAUAUUGAGGUGUCAGAUGUGUUUCUAUUCUUUGUCAGGCUCACCUCCACUUUGCCUUUUCUGCUUAAAAUUCAUCUUUUAGGCAUUCAAAGCAAAAGUCAGAAGUAUUUGUGACCACAUGGUUAGUUAAACAAGUCUAUAGAUUAAGGCACUCAAUAGAAAUGAAGACCUUUUGAUGAGGAAAGGAAAGUGAUCUCACAUGAGGUUUCACAGUACAUUUUGAAAGCACAUCACAGCCAAUGUCAACCUUUUUUUGUGAGUUUCAUAUUUAUUUGAAGAUGAAUAUUGUUGUGUAAUUGUGAAAUGUUUCAGAGUAUGUCUGAGCGAAAAGUAAAAAGGGUUUUCUGGAAGUUUCUAGAAUUUCUUAUGAGAUACUAAAUGAAAGGAGGUUGUAAAGUCACAACAGUUGUAAAGGUACAUUUGACCCUGACUACUUUGUUUUGAAGGAUGAGUACAUUUCUUUUUUUGUCAUUUUGCACAGGGUUUAAAACUAAUUCAAAAGAGUUUUGAAAUGAAACAAAAACGUGCAUUAUUGAUGCAAAUAUAUUGAUCAACUGUAUUUUUUUGGUAAUCUUUUGAGCCUGCUCAUGGUACUGUAUACAGCCUUCAGUUGGCAUUCCUGUUGAUUUUAAGCACAAGGUUUAAUAUCAUGGUACUGCAUUUAUCAAUAGCAUCAUCACAAUCUCGCUACUUCUCUGCACAAUUUGAAUAUCUAAAGCUUUUUAACUAAGUAGCACUAUGGUAAAAAAAAACCCAUAUCUUUCUGUUUGUAGCUUGUACUGACGACAUGCCAACCGAGGCUUGUAUAUAUUUAGAGCACUAUUUUAACCAACUGUUAUUCGCUGUUUUAUGUGAGCUUUUACUUAUUUGUACAAUGUCCAGAGUGGUAUUAUUUUGAAAUAAGUCUGUUAAGAGCACUGGUCGAUGUCUGCCUUGUUUUGAGGAAAACAAAGGCUUCUUUUUUUAUCUUAUAGUAACUCAAAGUUGCCAAAUAGCUUCUGAGUAUUGAGAAGUAGUAACCAAUUGAAUAUGAGAAAUAUGGUACAAUGUUUUGGUACAUGCAUUUAUGAGAAACAGUGAGUGUGGUACUUUAUUUAAAAAAAUGAAUUAAUGUGUCAUAACUGUUGUUUGGUGUUUGUUUUCAAAUUUAACAAGGCCAAUUGUGUUUGUUGUUGUAAAUAUCUAUUUUACUCCUACAGUUUCUCCUGUCUUUGCAGAAAAUAACUGGUGUCGUCUGUUUCCACCCACAUGGAAAUAUUAAAACAUUACAGCAUCUCCAGCCUUAGCUCAUGUUUUACUAUACAUGUAAAAGCGUGUUUGUGGUUUGGACAGACCGCAAGCCCACCCAGACUGAUAUUGGAUUCAUAAAUUAGAUAAGAAAUUGGAAAUGCUUUAACAUCCCCCGGCAAUGAUACAGUUAAAGUGAUUUAAAAUGCAAUCCACAUGAAAAUGAGUGAAUGAAGCCCAUAAAACAUAGAUAAUUAUCAUGCCAUUAACACUCCCAAAAAGGAGGAUGAUCUUCAUACCAAAUGAUUUUGCUGUGUCUGAGUGUGAGAUAUAAUGGAAUUCACAAAAUGCUAUGAAUGACCUCAAAGGAAAUGAUCUGUCAAAGGGGGGUUUUAGAGCCAAAUCAUACCAUGGCAACACACACACAUACGCACUCAGGCUUAAUAGACAAUUAACUAAAAUCACUCAUUUUCUCUAGCUGUCUAUCUUGGUCAUACAAACACAGACACUCCCUACAGGGAAUUGGAGUGUGGUGGAGGUUCGGAGACGCUCCCCUGAUGCCUCUCCCUCCCUCUCUACUACUCCCUUAAUGAGAUCAUUUGUUCCCUACAACCAGCAGACAACUGUAUAGUUACACCUGCCUUUGAUCACAUGGCACAGUCUGUUUUGGAAUUAUGUUCAUAUCUGUCACUCCCUUCUGUCCGUUUUCCAUUCUCUGCAUGUACAUAUUUUACGACAUGAAUUGUUCUAUUAAAAUAUAUAUAUAUAAUAAAAA